AUGUCGGCCGUGCUGCCUCUGCUCAGGUAUUAUUAUGCGGCUCUCGAAGCUGAGAGUGAUCCGAAAACUGCUCCUACCUUUUUGUUCUUCCCCGGGGGUUUCGGCUCGAGCGGUGUGGCUUAUGCUCUGUCCCGUGGGCCCUGUAUUCUCCUACCAGGAUCCAACAAACCUGGACUGAAUCUGUCCGAGGAGAGCGUUUAUAUUGCAUCUGAUACUCGUUCUAGGUACUCGUGGAGUCGGAAGGCUAACAGUAUUUGGAUCGAUGCUCCCGGACCUACUGGCUUCAGCCUUGGUCCCAUUGAAAAAGACCUGGGAGCAUUCGUGGAGAACAUGUAA